AUGAUUAAAUUGUUAGCAUAUAACUGCACAGAUCUGGCGAAUAAAGAAGGUGAAUUAUCAAGUUAUAGUCACAGAACUCAUACUUGUGGUGAACUUGGUGCAAAACAUAUUGGUCAAGAGGUAACAUUAUGUGGUUGGCUUCAGUAUCAAAGAAACAAAAAUUUCUACAUAUUAAGAGACUGGCAUGGCAUUACUCAAGCAUAUGUUGAAAAGAAUGACAUCAUCGAUAAGCUGUAUUUUGAGAGUGUAAUUAAGCUGAAAGGAGAAGUUCGUGUCCGUGUAAGUCCGAAUAAAGAAAUGAAAACUGGUGAAAUUGAAGUUUUGGCUAAGGAGAUAGAGAUCCUUAAUCCAGCUAAACAGUCACUGCCAUUUGAAGUCAAAGAUAACCAAGAACAUAAUGAAGUGUUACGGCUCCAACAUCGCUACCUUGAUAUCCGGAAGAAUUCAAUGCAGAGAAAUUUAAGAAUGCGCUCCCAAGUGCUUAUGAAAAUAAGAGAAUUUCUUUGCACCAAUCAUAACUUUGUGGAUGUUGAGACUCCAACAUUAUUCAAAAGAACAAGUGGGGGUGCUCAAGAAUUUGUAGUGCCUACUCAAACACCUGGAGCAUUUUAUUCUCUACCACAAAGUCCACAGCAGUUCAAGCAGCUACUCAUGGCAGGAGGCAUCGAUCGAUAUUUCCAAAUUGCUCGGUGUUAUCGAGAUGAAAGUUUGGGUCCUGAGCGACAACCUGAGUUUACACAAGUUGAUAUUGAAAUGUCCUUCACAGAUCAAGAAAAAGUCCGGAAACUUAUUGAAGACAUGCUUGUGUAUUCAUGGCCAUUAGAGGAAAUUCAAGCUCCAUUUCAAAGAUUUACCUAUGAUGAAGCAAUGACAAUGUAUGGAACUGAUAAGCCUGAUGCAAGAUUUGAUUUCAAGAUUCAAGAUGUCACUGAUGUACUUCAAGAAAAGGUUGAGCUGUUCAGAUUUAUUGAAACCACACCUGAAACUGAUAAAUCAAAACCAAGUGCCAAAAAUUCAAUUCAAAUAAUUGUAGUUCCUCAAACUGCUGACCGCUUCACAAAUUCUCAAAUUCAGAAUUAUGAUGACAUGAAAACUUGGUCUUCCACAAUCACAAGACAUAUAGACCCUGAUGCUUUGUCAAGUAUAUGCAACAAAUGUGAUGUCAAACCAAAUGAUAUUGUUUUCAUAUCAUCAGGGCAAGAAUACCAACCUCAUGCAGUCUUGGGAAAGAUAAGAUUACUGAUGGCAGAUCUCUUAGAAUCCCGAGAUGUAGUUGUACGUGAUUUAGAUGUGUAUCAGUUCCUCUGGAUUUAUGACUUUCCAUUGUUUUGCCCUAAGGAAGAUGGAAGUGGGUUAGAUUCUUCACAUCACCCAUUCACUGCUCCAGUUGAGAAGGAUAAAGAGUUGUUGAAGACUGAUCCAUUAAAGGCUAAGGGUCAACAUUAUGAUUUGGUUGUGAAUGGUGUAGAAAUUGGAGGUGGUUCAAUGAGAAUCCAUAAUUCUGAAUUACAGAAAUUUGUUUUGGAUGAAAUCCUGAAAGAAGAUUCAACAGAAUUUCAGCAUUUAUUGGAGGCAUUGGCAUCUGGUUGUCCACCACAUGGUGGUAUUGCUCUUGGUUUUGAUCGCUUGAUGUCCUUAAUAUGCAAGACAAAAAAUAUCCGAGAUGUAAUCGCUUUUCCUAAGUCAAGUGAAGGCAAAGAUUUGAUGAGUGGAGCACCUUCUCAAAUAUCAAGAAAAGAUUUAGAUAAUUACCAUAUCUCUGUCAAGGAUUAUUGA